GCGCUUGCGAAAGCCGCAACACCACAGGCUGUCACAAUGCCGUCCCCCUUUCUAACUCCCGGCGCUCAGUCACAACUCGAUAGCCUUGCUCUUCUUUCACUCCGCAGGGACCAGACGAUUCCAACUAUUCUCCAACUUCACGACGACAAAGCAGGAUACAAAGAAGGAAAAGUCACCAACACCCGUUUCGGCUCAUUCCCGCAUAGCACCCUUUACGAUCAACCAUGGGGUUCCCAGAUCGUCGCAUCCAAGGUAGACACGGGGUCGCGCGGUCGCGCGCAAUCUAAGAAGUUGAAGCGGAAAGCGGACGACUUAGAUUCGUCCACCCAAGCCGAAGACAAGCCUUCUCCCCAGGCUGCAGUUGCAGCCGCCAGUGGUUUCCUUCACCUCCUUUACCCUACGCCGGAACUAUGGACCGCGUCGCUCCCGCAUCGGACACAAGUUGUUUACACACCGGACUACAGUUACAUUCUCCAUCGGCUACGCGCGCGCCCCGGAAGUACUGUGAUUGAAGCAGGAGCGGGCAGUGGCUCUUUCACCCAUGCAUCUGUGCGAGCAGUGUUCAAUGGGUACCCUUCGGAUGACCAGCGGACACAUAAGAGAAGACUUGGCAAGGUCUGUAGCUUCGAGUUUCAUGCGCAGCGGGCGGAGAAAGUACGAGUUGAGGUGAAAGAACAUGGCCUCGAGGGGCUAGUGGAAGUAACGCACCGUGAUGUCUACGAGGAUGGCUUCCUCCUCGGUAACCCGAAGACGGGCAAUUCCCCGAAGGCGAAUUCCAUUUUCCUUGAUCUACCCGCUCCUUGGUUAGCUCUUAAACAUCUCGUUCGCAAUCCGCCCUCAGGCGUGGAAUCACCGCUUGAUGCAUCGUCCCCAGUCUAUAUAUGUACUUUCUCCCCCUGCCUUGAACAGGUACAGCGCACUAUCAGCACUCUCCGCCAACUCGGCUGGUUGAACAUCUCAAUGGUGGAGGUCAAUCACCGCAGAAUCGACGUGAAGCGAGAACGGGUUGGAUUAGAUUACGAAAAUGUUCGUGGGACGGUCGUCUUCCCCAGAUCCGUCGACGAAGCUGUUGAAAGAACGCGCGCUCUCGAGGAGCGCUCAGUAUUGUUCCGUGCAUCUCAGAAUCAGAGUGACAGCGAGAGUACCCCUGCUCUCCAGACUGAAACCGAUGCAAAUAAAGGCGAUACGACCAGCAAACCCGAGACGGAUGUCCCCGCUCGCCCGCAAGAGCCCGAGAUUCCUUUGUAUAAGCAGGGUCGCCUGAUAACCCGGUCAGAGAUAGACCUCAAGAAUCAUACCUCCUACCUUGUUUUUGCUGUCCUCCCUCGGGAAUGGACGGAGGAAGAUGAACAGCGUUGCCGUAAGAAGUGGCCAUCAAACCGGGUAGUAGAACCUCGGGGGCCAUCGAAAAGCAAGAAGCAAAUGAAAAAGGAAGCAAAGGAGCAGCGCAAUCAGCAAAAGGAACAACAGGGACAGCCAGAUACGGAGUCCCAGAAGGAAUAAUGGUUAGUAACGCUACUAUUCC